AUGGAAGCUCUCACUGCUUCCCACCACCACAUCCCUCUUCCUCUCCUUCAAUCGCCACCUCAAAUUUCAUCGACCCUUUCUUCUUCUAGUUACCGGAAUCUGAGUUUUAGCGCCGCCAACAAGCCGUCGCGAUCCUCCUCUUCAUUCGGAACCGCUUCAAUCCCCAGACUGGUGCGUCCUUCCACCUCCUAUUCCAGCAUCAGAUGUGGUGCAUCUUCUUCGUCUUCCGCAAUUACCCAGAUUACAGAAGCCGAGUUCCCGUCCGUUGUACUCAGCUCCGACCGGCCCGUCCUCGUCGAGUUCAUUGCCAGUUGGUGCGGCCCUUGUCGCCUGAUCUCUCCCGCCAUGGAGUGGCUAGCCAAGGAAUAUGCUGACAGAUUGACCGUUGUGAAGAUCGAUCACGAUGCCAAUCCGAAGCUAAUUGAAGAGUACAAAGUAUAUGGAUUGCCCGCAUUGAUGCUCUUCAAGGAUGGACAGGAAGUUUCCGGGAGCCGGAGGGAAGGUGCUAUUACGAAGGCGAAGCUCAAAGUGUAUGUUGAUUCACUCUUGGACUCCAUCUCAGUUGCAUAGUAACUUACAGCUAUUAGCAAGUAGUAGCAUAUGUUGAAAACCGUCCUUCCCGCCGGUCACCGGUAGGAGGAAUUUUUGCUGCAUUUGGCUGUGUACUAAUGUCAUAUAUGAACACUUAACUCUCCAUUGGGAGAUAUGCUCUAUUAUUUGUUGUGGUCUUGUGUAUGUAUAGCUAUUGUGGCAAAAUACCACUGCAAUUGAACGAAGAGGAAACCCCUUGUUGAAUGGGUUGUGGCUUCCAUAAUCUUGAAUGUAAAGUUUGUUACUUUUCGGCAGUGAUAUGCUUGGCCUUGAUGUUCUUUGUUUGGAAACAUUUCUUGGGAACUUUUUUUUUAAGCUGGUCUGCAGGGCAGUGUCUAUGGCGGAACAGAGACAGAGACAGAGACAGAGUAACAAUCUAAUGCUUGCUUGGUCUUUGUUAAGAAAGGGGGAAAAACUCAGGUUUCCAAAAUCGCCUAACAGAAUUCAAGGGUUAUUGUUGAAACAAGAAGUAGCUCCCAACUAAAACAACUCUCACCUACAAAUACUACUCCUGCCUUUGCUCUGCUCUGCUCACUCGUCUCUGUUUUGUUUUUCCUUCCUCUAUGCCCUUUCUUUUUCCUUCUUUCUUUGGUGUCCUUAUUUGAAAACAAAGCCUGAACCCAUAAUGUGCUAGUCCUAUGUGCUUCAUCUUCAAGCCUCCAUAUCCUUGAUCUUGGUACUGCUGGCGGUGCCAAUCACAGCAUCGUCCGGGAUAUACUGUCCCCAGAACCAGUGCUUCCUCCAUACAUUGUUCAUCUCUUCAAUGGGGACGUUCUUGGUCUCCGGUAGGAAGAAGUAGAUGAAGAGCGUCAUCACCACCACCCAGCAGGCGAAGAAGAGGAAAAGCCCGAACUUCAUGUGGCAGAGCAUGGUGAGGAAGAACUGGCCGAUGAUGAACGUGAAGGCCAUGUUCACAGCCACAUUGAUGGCCUGUCCCGCUGAUCGGAUCUCCAGAGGGCAGAUCUCGCUCGGCACCAGCCACCCCAACGGCCCCCAUGACCACGCAAAUGCCGCCACAUAGAAGCAGAUCAGGAUCAGCACGAGCAGCGAGUCGGCUUUAGACAUCACCCCAACUCCUGCAGACCCAAAUGCCUUCGCGAUCAUCACUGCAACAAGCACCUGCAGCGCGCACAGACACACAUACACGCACAAGAAAGUUGUCAAGAGAGAAACGUCCUAAUGGAACAGAGCCCUUCUCCCCAACCUAUCCACCGCCAAGAUCGAAAUGAAGGUCGCAAAGACAUUGACAAGGCCAGUGAUGACAGCAGACAUGAGGGAAGCAUCGUCACCGAAUCCCAGAGUCUUGAACAGGACUGGUGCGUAGAACAUGAUCACAUUGAUCCCAGUGAACUGCUGGAAGAAAGGCACAAGGAAGCAGAUAGCCAAAUGAGGCCUGUACUCCGGCUUCAAGAUGGUCGACCACUGGCCAUCCACUCUCAUUGCAGCAUGGGUCGCGUCGAUCAGGUCCUGGAACUCCUCGUCGACAUUGUCAGUGCCGCGGAUCUUCUUCAACAUCUCCCUCGCCUUCUCCGUGUUGCCCCGUGCCAGGAUCGAGUUCGGGGUGUCCGGCAGAAAGAUGGACCCCACGGUGAUCAUGAUGGCAGGAACCGCAGCGAGCCCCAAGGAUGCUCUCCAUCCCCAGUCCUUGGAAGCAAAUGUAAAGUUGAUCAAACCUGCGACCAAGAUGCCGAUGGUGAUCGCCAUCUGGAACCCGAUGUUGAGAGCUCCCCUGAGCUGGGAAGGCGCCAUCUCGGACAGAUAGAGCGGGACAGACUGGUUGGCGAACCCGACCCCAACACCGAGAAGCAGGCGACCGACGAUGAGCAUCGCCACGUCGACUGCUACACCGUUGAGGAUCGCUCCGGCGAGGAACACGAUGCCUCCGAACAGCAUCGAGAUCUUUCGGCCGAAAACCUUGGUGACAUAGGCUGCGACCGCGGAGGCGAACAGGGCGGCGAGGUAGAGGGAUGAGGUGAACAAUGUGAGGAGAUGGCUGUCGAAUUUGCAGUACAUGCUCUCGUGGUGGCCUUCUUUUUCCUUCCUGUACACGGAAGGGAAGAACUUGCUCAAGAACGAAUCCAUGGAGGUGACACCACCCGAGAUCCCGAUGUCGUACCCGAAGAUCAGACCUCCACAUGCUGCAACUAUGCAGGCGAUGAGCACGAACCCGGUGACGCGGCCUUGGAACUGCUUUGUUCCGCUAUCGGGGACAUAGCCACCUCCAGCCAUUUCGGAAACCCACCUCCUGUUUUCAAGCUUUCUUUCUGGUUUCUUUACUACUUUCUGGUCUCGGUUAAAUCACCUAAUUAUUUAUCUACGCAGGAUGCUAAUGAUCUACUGCGACAGAACACACAACCAGGAGAGGAUGGUCGUGGGGGAGUUGGGGACUUAUUACUUAUUAACCCAAAUGAUAGUUUUUGUGCUGAUUAGAGCAGUGAGAGGAGAUCGGCGUGUUUAUAUGAUGCAGGAAGCCAUGAAAGUAGGCAACUGCAUGGUGAUGAUUUAGUAUAGCGCUGAAAGUCAGUGAAGGUUUUGGUAUUGGUGUUGAGUUUUGUCUUAAAUCUGCUGUUGGUCUUCGUUCAAAUUGGUCCUUAAAUAGUCUUCUUUCUUUGCUAUUUUGUCCCUGCAAAUUUGGAUUUUCUAAAUAAAUAAAUCAAUGUAUAUUUACUAAUUAAAAAUGUAAUGAACAAUCAGGAUGAUAUUAUUUUUCUG